GGGACGCGAGGCCAAGGAGGAAGCGGAAUCUACAGCUUAGCUCCCGCUUGGUCUCCCUCCGCCACGGUCCGGGCCUAAGCGGGAGCGGCGGGGCGGGCGGCAGUAGGUGUCCCGGGACGGCGGCGGAGGCGGAGGGAGACGCAGGGGCCCAGACAGUUGCCAGGCCGGGGCCGCAGCAGCAGAAGAGCCCGCGGGCGGGGCAGCCGAGUUCCCGGAGGCCCCGCCUGAGUGCGCGCGGAGGAGCCGGAAAGCAGGAUGGCGGCGUCGGCCCUGUACGCCUGCACCAAGUGCACGCAGCGCUACCCCUUCGAGGAGCUCUCGCAGGGCCAACAGCUCUGCAAGGAAUGUCGGAUUGCACAUCCUAUUGUAAAAUGUACUUACUGCAGAUCAGAAUUUCAGCAGGAGAGCAAAACUAACACAAUUUGUAAGAAGUGUGCUCAAAAUGUCAAGCAAUUUGGAACACCUAAGCCUUGUCAGUACUGUAACAUAAUUGCAGCAUUUAUUGGUACCAAGUGUCAGCGUUGUACAAAUUCAGAAAAAAAAUAUGGAGCACCUCAGACCUGUGAACAGUGCAAACAGCAGUGUGCUUUCGAUCGGAAGGAGGAAGGGAGAAGAAAAGUGGAUGGGAAGUUACUGUGCUGGCUCUGCACCUUAUCAUACAAGAGAGUCUUACAGAAGACAAAAGAACAGAGGAAGAGUUUGGGGUCUUCACAUUCUAAUUCCUCAUCUUCAUCUCUUACUGAGAAAGACCAGCACCAUUCAAAACACCAUCACCACCACCACCAUCACCACCACCGCCACAGCAGUGGCCACCACAAAGUCACCGGUCUAAGUCCUGAGCAGGAGCAGGGACUGUGGAAACAGAGCCAUAAAUCCUCUGCAGCAAUUCAGAAUGAAACUCCAAAGAAAAAGCCCAAAUUGGAAUCUAAGCCAUCUAAUGGAGAUAGUAGCUCUAUAAAUCAGUCAGCAGAUAGUGGGGGAACAGACAAUUUUGUCCUUAUCAGUCAACUGAAAGAAGAAGUGAUGUCACUUAAGCGUCUCUUACAGCAAAGAGACCAGACUAUUUUGGAAAAAGAUAAAAAGUUAACUGAACUGAAGGCAGACUUUCAGUACCAAGAGUCAAAUUUGAGAACUAAGAUGAACAGUAUGGAAAAAGCACACAAAGAAACUGUGGAACAACUUCAGGCUAAAAACAGAGACCUACUCAAACAGGUUGCAGCCUUGUCAAAGGGUAAAAAGUUUGACAAGAGUGGAAGCGUGCUAACAUCUCCUUGAAAAAGUCACUUGUUUAGCAUUUCUGCCUAACAGUGUGUGCUUGAGGUGUCCUGUGACACCCUUAGAGUCUGUGCAGUGGAAAGAUAUUUUUACAUGCCAAAUAAAUUGGUAUGUCUCCUAUUCACUUUUGUAACUUACACAUAGCAUUUUUUAAGUUGUAAACAUGCAGAUAAAACUUCAGCUGGUUUGGAGUGACUUCUUAAUUCUUUGAUACCUGGAACUUUUUUCUAGCAAUAGUAUUAAUGGUUGUGGAGUGCACAAGUGUGCACUUUGUAAAAUGCAACAUGCAAUAAUGGUGUGGUUGGCAGAACAGCAGCAGGGGUUUGUGUUUUGCGUUUGUUUAACACUAUGCUGUUUUCAAAUAAAUAGUUUUCAAUUUAGAAAUGCAAAACUUUUAAACAAGGAAAAUGGUGAACACAGUUUUUUUGGGAAUUGUAUUUUUACUUCACAUCAACAUGAAUUUAGAGAAUCAUGGUGCUUUUAUUAAAAGAGCUUCAGAGUAUAUGUAAAUAUGUUUUUAAAAGUUGCAUCACUAACAUCAGUUUAGUAAUCUAACAUUUCAUUACUGUUAUAGGAUUGAUGUUUACUGUACAGCAUUCAAGGUAAAAUGUGUUUUUGUUUUGUAAAAACUGUAGAUUUUUUACUUACAAGUGCCUUUUUGCCACCUAAUGUUUUUUAUUUAUAGGAAUGCUGAUCUUUUGUACAUAUGGUUUGUUUAAAAAUCAUGUUAAUAAGUGUUUGUAUAUAAGUACAUAUGUACAUAACCGGAUUUCAAAAAGAAAUCAAAGUUAUUAGUAACAUGCAAGAUUGCAUAUUAAGAAUUAACUGAUAAUGCAUAGACUUUAGGUGAUUUUGUGGUUUGCUGCUGUAUCAUAAGGGAAGUUGUUGGUCAUUGAGUUCAUUUAAUUAUGUUGGAAUACUUUCCUACAGAUUUAAUUUUAACUCCAUUUUGAUAGAGUGAUUUUAUUUUUAUGUUGUGUGGCUUCAUGUUUAUAUUUUGUGAGUUACAUGUUUGGCUUUAUUUUUAUAUAAAGUUUCUUUAAAAUUUAUAACGUUUCUAUAACGGUCCAUAUAUCUGCUUUUUUAUAAUGUGUUCUAAGUUAAUAUUUAUGUAUACCAUACUUACUUUGUAAAUUUAAUACAAAUCUGGAAAAUUAAAUAACUUUUUAUAAUCAAAUCCGUGCUUAUGUCUGAAUAAUUGAAAUCUCUAAGAUUCAGACACUAUUUAUAAGUAAUUUGUCUCAAAACAGUAAAAUUGUCUAUAAAAGAUUAAGAUAGUGUGGGAUAGAUUCUGAGAAAUAACAGAUCAGCUUCUGACUCUAGUGGUUUUCAGCCAGUAACCAACAUCUGCUUAGUUCUGGCUUCAAGGUGAUUUUAAACCUUCAGGCAUUGCUGGCCACACCAUAUGACCUCUUUCUCUUAGGAAUGUGCAGUUACACUUGUUUUCAUCAGUCCCGAAGGGUGUAUUUUUAGAGAAAUGUUUAGAGCUAUGGUCUUCAUAUCAAAGAUUAGUGUACAUAUAUCAGUUCAUUUUAAAUUAUUCAAGUUUUAGUAAACCUCCCACAGUAGUUUACUACAUGUGAAAGGAAAUCUACAAGUUUGGAAACACAUCAUUUUCAAGUGACAGUAUGAUCGAAUUAGUCAGCUUUCAGAAGAGUCCGCUGUCUGCCAUCAUGAGGCCUCGGAAGCUCGCUCACGUCCUCAGCUUUGGUAGACAGUGCCUUACUGUGGGUGUUCAUGUUGGCAGCAUUUGCUGCAUUCAUAAAGUAGUUAUUACGUUGCUUCAAGUUUUACUAUGAUUUAUAUUACAGUUUCCUGAACAUUUUUCAAUCCACAGUAGUCACAAUUCUAAAUGAACUACAGUAGUUCAAUAGAAACAGAAUCCCUCCUCCCCUUUUUAGCUAACAUGGAAAUUGAAAAUCAGUUUAAAAUAGUGAAGCUUUUUAAAGUGCAAGGCUAAAACUAAAAUUAAGGGCUUUACGGUAUUCAGCCCUAGUUAGACAUACUCCUUAUUCCAUGAUUUUAUUUUAUAACUUAAAAUUAUUUGCAAUUGUAUAAAUUAGUGAUUGAGUCUCAGUCCCAGAUCUGUAGUAUGUUGAUCUAAUGAGUUGAUACUCUUUAAACGUGGACCUGUCCAGAGGUACUAUGGUGUGCUGUAUUGUGCUUUUAGCCUGUUUGCUGCAGUUAGCAUAUUCCAGUGAGGGUCAUAUGGGCUCCAGUUUAUCAUGUAUUAAUAGCUUGUGAAUAUUACAGUCAUUUUUAGAGUAUAUUGGUCUUAAUAUGCAUUUUACAAUGAACCUGUUAAGCUGGUCACAUGUAUAGAUUAACAAAAUACUGUACCUGUACACAUCUGACUGUUGACAUUUUGUACUUUUUUUCUAAGUCAAUAUUUCACAAUAAAAAUAUGCCGAAAGCUU